AGCUCCAACUCCCCCUUCCGCCGUCCAUCGGCCUCCCUCGAGUGAGAGAAGCGAGAAGAGAGGAGAGAGAGAGAGGAGAGUGCACUUUUCCGAAUCGAAUUCUCGGAUCAGUCCCCGAUCGAGUAGCUUCAAUUCAACAGGCAGAUUCCUGAUUUCUUCUCUGCCGGAAGAUUUUUGUCUUCCUUCUUUCCCAUGGUUACGAUCAUUCCAGAUCUCACGCAGGCUGGUGAAUCUUGUUGAUGGGUCCUCUUUCAGUAGAUUUUUCUUCCUCCCGGCGUCGCAGAUCGAUCUGAGAUUUGCUCCUCCUGCGAUUGCAGUCGUCGACGGGAUUCGUUCUUUACGAGAUGAAUUAGUAGAUCCUUGCGAAGGCGUGAGGAGACGGAAGGUGGAGUGAGGGGUGGGAGAAUUUUGAGAUGGAGGAUCUGUCCAAGUAUAGUCAUAGUCCGGCUCAUCUUGCCGUUUUACGAAGAGACCACGUAGGCCUCCGGCGUACCGUCUCCGCGCUCCCUCGCCUCCCCAAGGCUGGGGAGGUUACCACUGAGGAGGAAUCCCUUGCUGGCGAGCUCACUGCUGAUGCCGUCUCUGCGGUCAUUGAUCGCCGUGAUGUUCCCCACCGGGAGACCCCGCUUCACCUUGCUGUUCGGCUCCGUGACCCCAUCUCUGCCGAGAUUCUCAUGUCCGCUGGUGCUGAUUGGUCCCUUCAGAAUGAGAAUGGCUGGUCAGCCCUCCAGGAGGCUGUUUGCACCCGUGAAGAUUCUAUUGCCAAGAUCAUUGCCCGCCACUACCAACCCCUUGCUUGGGCUAAGUGGUGUCGCCGUCUCCCUCGCAUCGUUUCAUCCAUUUCACAAAUCCAGGAUUUCUACAUGGAGAUCACGUUCAACUUCGAGAGCUCAGUGAUCCCAUUUAUUGGGAGGAUUGCACCAUCGGACACUUACCGAAUAUGGAAACGAGGUCCAAACCUUAGAGCUGACAUGACGUUGGCUGGAUUUGAUGGCUUCAGGAUCCAGCGCUCUGACCAGACUUUCCUUUUCCUUGGUCAGGGUGCUCCUUCUGAGAGUGGGCAUCCCCAGCUACUCCCUGGAUCGCUAAUUGUGCUUGCUCAUAAGGAGAAAGAGAUCACAAAUGCACUAGAAGGAGCUGGAGCGAAGCCCACUGAGGCAGAGGUGGCUCAUGAAGUUGCUUUGAUGGCUCAGACAAAUAUGCACAGGCCGGGAAUUGAUGUUACACAAGCUGAGGUUGUCCCACAUUUGAAUUGGCGGAGACAAGAGAAGACUGAAAUGGUUGGAAAUUGGAAAACGAAGGUCUAUGAUAUGUUUAAUGUGACAGUGAGUGUCAAGUCAAGACGGGUUCCUGGUGCUAUGACUGAUGAGGAGUUAUUCACCAUGGACAAUGACGAAAGGAUGGCUAAUAGUGGAAAUGUUGAUCCAGAGCUUGAUGAAAUAUUAACACCAGAGGAGAGAAAACAGUUAGAUUCAGCACUUCAGAUUGGAAAUUCGCAAGGUUUCAAUGACUAUGACGAUAAUAAUGGGGCACAUGAAAGUGUUGGCAACUCUGAAUCAAAUGGUGUCAACAAGGAAAAAAGAAAUUGGUUUGGUUGGAAUAGCAAAAAAGCUUCGAAGAGUAAUGGAAUUGAGGAUACAGAUGACCCGAAAAAUAGACACUCAAAUUUUCCAGAGAAUGGACAUCAUAACGAUGAAUUACCAAAGGAACAAGGAGAUGCUAAGAAGGGGAAAGAAAAAGGCAAUAAGCAGAAGAGUAGUCUCAAUGAAUCUAACAAACGUGAAAGUGAGUUUAAGAAGGGUCUUAGGCCUAUUUUGUGGUUGACUCCUGAUUUUCCAUUGAAAACAAGUGAGCUUCUUCCAUUGCUUGAUAUCUUAGCAAACAAGGUCAAAGCUGUGAGGCGUCUCAGGGAACUCUUGACAACAAAGCUGCCUCAAGGCACUUUUCCUGUUAAGUUGGCUAUUCCCAUCAUUCCUACUAUCCGAGUCCUUGUCACCUUCACUAAAUUCGAAGAGCUAUUGCAAUCUGAUGAAUUUGCCACCCCUCCUUCCAGCCCUACCCAUUUCCAGGAAAACAAAGCCAAAGAAAUAGAAGGAUUAGGUUCCUGGUAUUCAUGGAUGAGAGGGAACCGAGGCGGACAGACUAGUGAUAGCAGUGAAGGGCAAAGCUGCAAGGAUGAGAUCGAUCCUUUCCACAUCCCUUCAGAUUAUUCUUGGAUCGACGCAAAUGAAAAGAAACGACGAUUGAAGUCCAAGAGGGGAAAGAGCAAGCGAGGUGCCAGUAGAAAGCAAUCCUCUAAAAGUACAGAUGAUCAGCAAGAUCAUCAGCUGGUGGAUGGUUUCGAAUAGCAAAUUAAGUGCGGUGCAUCAAACCAACUAGGUGAUUUUAUCAAAGAAUUGAUAUGUAUCGAUAACUAAAGUUCAUUUCAUUUUCUGUGAGCAGUAGCUAGUUCGUUCUAUGUUUGUUUGUAUCUUCUGCACUAUUGUUUGGAUUUAUGCUGUCAAGAAAAAGAGUAGAAAAGAAGAAUGACAAGAAACAAUCCGUAACGUGCUUCAUUCUA